AUGCUGGUGGCGUGCAGAUUGGCCCUCACGCCAUCACCCCUCUCGAGGCUGGCGCGCAACGUGCUGCCAUUUGCCGCAGCGCGCGCACUACGGCCGCCGCCGGUGCGCUCAUGGUACAACAUGCCCGCCGCGCUGCCUCCGGAUGACGGCAAGCCGAUCGUCGGCGAGCGCCGCGCGCUCAUCACGCUCGGCAUGGUUGGGCGGACCUUCCUCAUACACAGUGGCAGAGAAUACAAGCGGGUCAAGGUGUCGGCGGCGAUGGUUGGCCACAAGCUCGGCGAGUUUGUGCUAACGCGCAAGGCGCGGCCCAAGCCCAAAGGGAAACAAACAAAAAAGAAGUGA